AUGCAGCUGGCAGGAGGGCUCAGCGCCCCGUCUCCCCCACAGACACCCGUCGCAAGCGGCAGCUUCACUCCCAGCCCGACUCCGCCGCCAUAUUCUUCUUCCUCCUCCUCUUCCUCCCGGUGCUACGGCGACUCGGUCCCGGCUCCCUGGCGCGCCUUGCGACGUAGCUGUACGCUCAGCAGCCCGGGCGGCAAAGAGGUGCUCUGCCCUGCGGAGGGAGCGAGCGGCGACGGCGCAGUACGGCGCGGCCUGUCCAGCCCGGCUACCCCCGGCUCCGCCUCAGUCACUGCGCGGCCGCCAUCUUGGUUUCACCUCUCACUGGAGCCACGGGGUCUCCCAGCCAGCGGCAGCACGGGCCGCCCGCCAGUAUUUAAAGGGCCAGCAGCCCCAAGCCCGCAGCGCGGGUACGUCGCGUUCGCGGGUGGGUACGUCGCGUUCACGGGUGGGUACGCGCAUCUGGGCUCCGAGCCGCCCUCACGCAUCAGCCUUGCGACACCGCAGACUGCGCUACACCGCACCCAGCACCACCUUCGCGCGGUGCCCUUCCAGGUCGCUUUCGGAUCUGCACAGGAGGGACAUGCGUGGGGCCUUAGCCGAACCGUUAUCGCAGCGCAGGAAGGGCGGCACGAGUGGCAGUGGCAGUGCCUGCUGGCCUCACCGCCUGUGACGCUCGGCGAUCGCUCUCGCCGCGAUCAGCGGAUGCUAGCGGGCCGGGGAGGUGAGCCGUAGCGCGGCCGCCAGGCGGGGCCCGUCGGCAGCCGCACGUGUGCGCAGCGGGGCCCACGCGGGAAGCAGCUGCCGCCCCUUCCCUCUCCGGGGAGCACCUGGGGCCGUGCGUCACGGCUGGACCAGCCCUCUCGCCAAAGGGCUGCUGGUGGUUUUAUCGGUUUCCUUUGCCUCGUCACACAUCGCUGAGUGAUCCGAAAGUUAAACAGCUUCUGUUUGAGUGGCUGUUGGGUCUUUUCAGACAGAGAUAGGAUCUCACAAUCUCAGUAACAAACAGAAGCUGUCGGGUCUUCGCUUUUGCCACUGCUGCCAACAUCUGAACAGAUGUUGGACAAAAUUCCCUAAAAUAUGCAAAGACACUCGUGCAUUUGGGACCUCUCAGACACAACAGUGCAGCAGAAACCAUUCCAGGGUGAAGGUGAGGACUCAUCACGGCAUGGCUGGGCAGGAGGAGAAGAAAAGGGAUUCAGCCCUGCAAGCCCUUCCAGCACUUGGCUUGGACAGGUUCAGUGAAGGUUUUGUAAGGACAGAGGAGAGAACCAGCUGGAGAGAGAGAACUGGGAGCAAGCUCCUCAGUUAGGCUGCAGCACCUUAGUCUCUACUUACUGGUGAGGUUGCACCUGGAUAAUAGGAGGAAGUUUUUCACAGUAAGAGUGAUUGGCAUUGGAAUGGGCUGCCCACAGAGGUGGUGGAGGCACCGUCCCUGGAGGUGUUCAAGAGAAGACUGGAUGAGGCACUUAGUGCCAUGAUCUGGUUGACUGGA